AUGGUCAAAUUCUCAGACAGGCGGUGGUCGCUACACGCGAAGGGAGGCAGGUCGCUGCGACGCACGGAGCGCACGCAGUCCCAGCCUCCAAAGGUCCAAACACUUGGAGCCGACCGCUCUCACUGCGGAGAGCGGAGACUCGCCACCGCUGACACACGGUGCCGGGGAUGCCCAGGACACCGGUGCCGCUGCUUCUGGUGUCUGCUGGCGUUCUGCUCAUCCGGCUGCUCAUCUUCCCGUGAGGAAUGUUCAGCGCAGGGAGCGACGGGCGGGCUGUCGGCAAUGAGGGGCUGGCAUGAAGGUGAGAGGCCGGUGAGAGGAGUGAACGCCGGGGUCUGUCCCUGCGGGGAGCGCCGAGCCCGGGCUCAGCGGCGAACACCGCCCCGAGAACAACCGGGCUGGGGCCGAAGCGCUGGGCGGGAGGCAGAGGCGAAGGUAUCAGCGGGUCGGGUCCAAGCGAAGGACACAGCCGGCGUCUCCGACAGUCUAACGCCGGCUCCCAAGUUACCGGUUCGCUCAAUUCUCCCGAUGCGUAAUAAAUCGGCGGACCUUCCGCCGCCCGGGACCCCGCUCACCUCUCCCUCCUCCGUGCAGCUAAAGUGGGAAACGGUUUGGGUCACUAAAUGUGCAGGCAACAUGAAAACAGAAGAGACCCCCAUGUGUCUGAAGCAAACUGCGCCUACUUUGGAUCCUGGCUCCGAGCGGAAACCGGGGCAGAUGUGUGCGGGCUGCAACGUUACCAUCACCGACCGCUUUCUCCUGCGAACCAAUGACACAUCCUGGCACGAAGGAUGUUUGAAGUGCACAGCGUGUCUGCAGCCACUCUCCGGUACCUGCUACUGCCGGAGCAAGAGGCUGUACUGCAAGCGCGACUAUGAAAAGAGAUGGACCAUGGGAAACGACAUGGGGUCUGGAGGUACAGAGAGGGUUUUGAGGACGUCCGUACUCAGUGAACUGAUUCCAAGGCACAGGCGAACAGCAAGGCACAGGCGAACAGCAAGGCACAGGCGAACAGGCGAACAGCAACACAGCCACCCUAUGUGGCCCAGGUUACCACCAGAAGACAACACUUCAAGAAAGGGACAGUCAGGGCAACAAAGGGCUAGAGGUGUUGGGGACCCCACCAUCAGGGAGACCUCCAGCACAGUGCCCAGGCUCUUCGUCACCAAGUGCAGUGGCUGCGACAGGGCCAUCGGCCGCUCCGAGUUCGUCCUGCGGGUGCUUGGCAGCGUCUACCACGCGGGGUGCUUCAGCUGCCGCCAUUGUGAGCGGCCCCUGCGGCAGGGCGACGAGUUUGUGCUGAAGGAGGGCCAGCUGCUCUGCCGUGGCGACUAUGAGAAGGAGCGGGAACCGCUGAGCGAGACCAGCCCCGGCCGCAGCGAGUCAGAGUGCCUUGGAAUGUUUCCGAUGUUGAAUGAGUUUUUGUUUGGGAUGUCCGGAGACUGUGUAAAAAGUGAAGAGGAGGAUGAUGGACAACUUGGGCAGACCCUGGACAAGGGCAAUGACGAAGGCAGAGCGCACAAGAGGUCCAAACGCCCGCGGACGAUACUCACCACCCAGCAGCGACGUGCCUUCAAGGCUUCCUUUGAGGUGUCAUCCAAACCCUGCAGGAAGGUCAGGGAGACUCUCGCUGCAGAAACAGGCCUCACGGUGCGGGUUGUACAAGUCUGGUUUCAGAACCAAAGAGCCAAGAUGAAGAAACUUGCUCGAAGGCAGCAGCAGCAGAAACAAGAGCAGCUGAACUGCCAGCGCAUGGGCUCUCGACACAGCUCGAAUCGAGGGGCAAGACGCAACAACCAGGACAGCGAAGAUGCAGCGAGUGCCCCUGGAAUGGAAAGGAUGAUGGCUUCCUAUUCCUCUCUGCAACACCAGCAGCUGAGACCAAUGGACCUGAGCAGCUAUAGCACGGACCACUUCAGACAGGGACUCACCCCACCACCGAUGCCAGAUUCGGAGAGAGUCUUUCAUGGCAUGGAUCGUGAUGGAUCACUCAGUCACCUGGGCGAAUGUCUCCUGGUCCCAUCCGAACCCAACCUCCUGCCUGCGAGAGUGGGAAAUCCCAUCGACCGGCUGUAUUCCAUGCAGGACUCCUACUUCACUUCCUGAUCCGCUGCAAUCCACCAAGGAAUCUUUGCCUUUACAAGUAUUUGAUGGUAGAGUUGUUGUUGUCACUGUUUGCUUUCUAGAGCCUUUACAUCACAUCUGAAGCACAGGGAAUGUAAAAAUAUAGCGAUUCCACUCUCCUUAAACAAUACAAAUACAUUUUUCCUUCACACUAUUCAUUUCCC